ACCACUGGAAGAGAAGCCCCUGGCAGCAGAGAGGGUGUCUGUCUCCGGCUUGGCCAUCACCUGCACACUCUGGGUGCACCUGGGCAGCCCUCGGUGGGCAUGAACUGCAAGGGGCACCUGUCGCUGCUGCUGCUGCUGCUGCUUCCCGUGCUGCUGGGGCUGCUGCAGGGAGAAUGCCAUCAGCCUCUACGGCGAUCCAAGAGAAGAUGGAUCAUCACCACCUUGGAGCUGGAGGAGGAAGACCCAGGCCCCUUUCCCAAAUUGGUUGGUGAGCUAUUCAGUAGUAUGUCUGAAAAUACAACAUUAAUGUAUUUAAUCAGUGGACCUGGUGUGGAUGAAUAUCCAGAGCUUGGUUUGUUUUCUAUAGAAGAUCACAAGAAUGGAAAAAUAUAUGUUCACCGCUCUGUUGAUCGUGAAACAACGCCAUCUUUUAUGGUCAGCUUCGAUGCUGUGGAUCGCUCAACAGGGGAAUUUGUGGAAAAAUCCUUGAUUUUCAACAUUAGAAUCAAGGAUGUAAAUGAUCACGCACCUCAGUUUCCUGAGAAGGAAUUUAACGUCAGUGUGAAAGAGAACCAAGCUGCAGGUCAACCUAUUUUUCAUAUGUUAGCAGUUGAUUUGGAUCAAGAAAACACUCCAAAUUCUCAAGUCCUUUAUUUCCUCGUUUCUCAAACACCGUUACUGAAGGAAAGUGGUUUCCGGAUUGAUCGUAAUAGUGGAGAAAUAAAACUCUCAGGAUGUUUAGAUUAUGAGACUGCGGCUCAGUUCACACUCAUAAUCAGAGCCCAGGACGGUGGAGAGCCAUCGCUGUCAUCCACAGCCACGGUUCACAUUGAUGUGCAAGACGGCAACAACCACGUGCCUACGUUUACCCAGGAGAAUUACAAGAUUCAGAUUUCUGAAGGUCAAGUCAUCCAGGGCCUGUUGCGUCUCCCGGUUCAAGAUCGCGAUUCACCAUUGACACCAGCUUGGAGAGCACAGUUCAACAUAUCACAUGGCAACGAGGAGGGACAUUUUGCCAUUUUGACUGACCCCGAGACCAAUGAAGGCAUUUUAAAUGUUAUCAAGCCUCUGGACCACGAACCUCAGCCCGUGCGAAGCCUCGUCAUCACCGUGGAGAAUGAGGAGCAGCUCUUCUCCUGCGAGGGGGGCGGGCUCCAGCAGCCCAGGAGGGCCGCGGCAAGUGCCACCGUGAGUGUGCAGGUGACCAAUGCCAACGACCCGCCGGCCUUUCACCCCGAGAGCUUCCUGGUCAGCGAAGAGGAGGGUGCCAGGCCUGGAACCCUGCUGGGAACCUUCCGUGCCGUGGAUCCGGAUGGCACCGCAAGCCAGAUAAGAUACAAACUGGUCCAUGACCCAGCAAAUUGGGUUGCCGUAGAUGAAAACUCGGGAGUUGUCGUCACCACGAAGCCAGUUGACCGAGAAUCUCCUCAUGUCAAUGGCAGCUUUUACACCAUCGUCGUUCACGCUGUGGACAAUGGCGUCCCACCACAGACGGGCACAGGGACGCUGAUGCUCUUCCUGUCUGACGUCAACGACAAUGCCCCAACUCUCCAGCCCGGUUCUCGCGACGUGGAGGUGUGUGAGUCUGCGGGCAAUGAGCCCCUCCUCAUCAAGGCAGACGACCCGGACCUGGAGCCCUACUCGGACCCGUUUACAUUCGAGUUGGACGAUACCCGGGGAAAUGCAGAGGACACAUGGAGACUGGGAAAAAAUUGGGGUCGCUCAGUUGAACUUUUCAUGUUGAGAAGCCUCCCAGUGGGUAACUACUCGGUGCCACUCGUCAUUGGAGACAGACAGGGAGUCUCCCAGAAGCAGACUGUCCACGUGAGGGUCUGCUCCUGCUCCAGUGGGUUCAUGUGUGUGGAACAUUAUCACACAGGAGCGGAGCUCGUGGGGGCCCUGUCCUCAGUCUGUGUGGUGUUCGCGGCUCUGGCAGUGGCUCUGGUUUUACUGCUACGAUGCUAUUUCGCAUUUCCACCCAAGAGGCGCAGAUGCUCUCUGGACAGUGACAAAGGCCACCAGACCCUGAUUGUGUAUAACGACGAGAGCAAAGCCACCUCGGCCCAGACACAGCCAGAUGUCAAGGGCCACAUGCCAGCUCUGCUGACCCACACGGCCGUGGCGGGAGCCAAGCUGGGUGCUAAGGGUCUCCGUGACCUGCCGCCGUCGACAGCGGCUUCAUCAGACCAAGCACGCUCCGCUCUGGGGACUCCGGGCUGUGGCGUACUCUUCGAGCCAAGAGGAGUGAAAAUCAAAUACUCUACUCCCGUCUACCCAGGUGGCGCAGUGCCCAGGCGACCCCUGACCUCAGUGGAAGGAUGGAUAGCAGAGACGCUGCAUCAGAAGCUCCGUGGUGUGGACCUGCAGGAAGAUGACAGUGGCUGCCAGCCUCGUGUCUACCUGGAGGAGGGAAUGAGCACAGGAGCCCCGUCCCUCAGUUCUCUCGCUGUCUCGGAGCAGGAGCUGCCGCCCGACGUGCUGGACGGCUGGGGUUCGAAAGCUGCUGCGCUUCUAGAGUUCUAUUCUGAGCGAGGCGUCUCUUCCUCAAACAAUGACUAUUUUGGAGAACUGGAACCAUUCAUGGGGGGCAGUCGCUAGCCACUGUUCAGGGAUUGUUUUUCUGCCUUUCUUCUUGUUUUUAAUGACUUCCCAGUCCUAGGAUGAGGACAAACUAUUAGUCUGGUUUAAAUGCUUUGAUAUUCUCAGAUCAGCCAUCUUGAACCAAAGCAAAACAGCAGGUUAUACUUUAUUAGAAUUUGAUUGGUCAGAUUUUCUAAACAAAUUUGAAUUUAGUUGGAUUAUUCUUUGCUUCCCUUAACAGCCUAGCUCUGAGGGUAAAUGAGUGUAAUCUGUAGAUUACCCAGCUCUCUGGCAACGCUGGGAAAGUAAAAAUGGAUUUAAAAGGCUAUUUCCAUUUCCACAAUUAUGAUUCUGCUUCGGUUGAAGUGAAAAAAAUAGGUGAAUAGAGAAAUGUUUUCUAGAACAUUCAUAAUCAGUAUUUUUAGUGAUCUUUUUUUAAAAAAAUACUGGUCCUUUUUCACUUUGGGAUUAGAUAGAUAAAAUAUGUUCUCUCGAGAGAAAUGACUAUGCUUACAAUGUUAUAAGCAGUACAUGCUUUAAAAAAAGGAAGAACUGACAUAAUUUAACUUGUAUUAUGGAAGUAAAAGAAUUUAGGAGACUUUGAAUGAAUAUGUUCUGAUUUCAUUUUUAUCUUAUACAA